CCGACAGCUCUCCCUCCCCUUCCUUUUUUUCCCUUCAAAGUUUUCUUCGGAGUGGGGAGAGAGGUGGGGGAGGAAGAGGGUCCAGCCAGCCUCGGUCCUUACGCUCUCCCUGUCUCAUUUACCCCCCGCCUCCCUACCCCUCCAUCCCCUGCGCGCCGCUGCCCCUCCGGAGCAGCGCUCCGAACUGACAAUUGGAGCGCGGCUCCUUUAAGAGCCCGGCUUUGCCUCCCGGUAGCUGAAGGUCAUUAAACACAAAAGCUCUCAGCGCUGCGGUCCAAUAUAGCGCAUGCGCCCUGCCCGAGGACUGGCAGAGAGACGGCAAUAUGGCGAGAAUGCCUGGCAGCGGGGACUGUAACACCAGCGCGGCCGGCAGCGCCAGCGCCGCCGCCGCCGCCGCCGAGAACAAUGGGGAGCGGGGCGAGGGCGAGCGCGGUGCGGGGGGCCGAGGCCGCCGCCACGGCCGCCCGCACUACUGCAGCGCGGGCGAGGAGGAGGAGGAAGAGGAGGAGGAGGACGAGAUCCAGGAGGUGCAGAUAACGGGGGACGAGGAGGAGGACGGAGGUGGGGGGCUGGAGGAGGAGGAGGAGGAGGAAGAGGAGGAGGAAGAGAUGGGUCUGGACUGGGACGAGCCCCUGGAGCCCGAGGACUCGGCCGGGGAGGAGCUGGAGCCGGAGCCGGUCCAUAUGAUCAAUAUGGACCAGAGCGCCGCGCUGGAGCCCGAGGCGCCGCCGCGGCUGCUGGCGCCCCGGGCCCGCGGCGGGCCGCCUGGGGACGGCGCCGAGCUGGACCCCGACGUGCUGCAGCGCCCCGAGCGGGCCCGGCUGAGCGAGAACACCCGGCUGGCCACCCGCUACGCCGUGCGCAUCUUCCGGGAGUACCUGAGCGAGAAGGCGCAGAGCCCGGACUUCGAGACCAUGGACAAGGGGGCGCUGUGCCGCGUGCUGCGCUCCUUCUACGCCGAGGCCCGCUCCAAGAGCGGCCAGCUCUACAGCAAGUCGUCGCUCAUAAGCAUCCGCAGCUCCCUCAACCGCUACCUCAACGAGCCCCCGUACUGCCGCACGCUCGACCUUACCAAGGACCCGGAGCUGCGCAGCGCUAACCUGACGCUGGCCGCGGUCAUCCGCAAGCUUGAGGAGCAGGGCGCCGGGCCGGUGGUGCAGAAGCAAGCCAUCACGCGCGCCGACCUGCGCAAGCUCUACACCUCCAGCGUCUUCAGCACCAACACGCCCUUCGGGCUGCUCAACAAGGUCUGGUUCGAGACGUGCAUGUACUUCUGCACGCGCGGCCGCGAGAACCAGCGCGAGCUGGAGGAGGACUCCUUCGGGCUGGCCAUGGACGAGGACGGCCGCAAGUUCGUCUACUUCAAGUCCCUCGGGCCCUACCACAAGUCGCGCUCGUCGUCGUGGAGCAAGAAGCGCGCCGAGAGCAGCGACGAGGAGAACUUGCCGCGCAUGUACGAGACGGGCACCGAGUUCUGCCCCUACGCCAGCUUCGUCAAGUACCUGUCGAAGCGCAACCCCCUCUGCAAGGCGUUCUUCCAGCGGCCCCGGGACCACUGCAGCGAGGGCGAUGUGACCUGGUACGAGAACAAAGCCAUCGGCAAGAACUUGCUGGGCACCAGGAUGCAGAUGCUGUCCAAGGCGGCCAAGCUCUCCAAGACCUACACCAACCACUGCAUCGGCGCCGUCUCCAUCGCCACGCUCAACAGCAUCGCGGGCAUCGGCACCAAACUGGGCUCGCCCGCCCCGCAGGGCUGCUACGCCGAGGCUCUGAACGGGGCGGCUCGCCACCACUCCCCCCAUCCCCCCACCCAUCCCUCUCACCACCACCGCCCCCAGCCGCCCUCGCUGGGGAACACCUAUAUCCUCCCCAGAGACAGCCAGGUCGGGCCCGACGUGAAAUCGGAGGCUGCGCCCAAGCGCGCCCUGUACGAGUCCGUGUUCGGGUCGGGGGAAAUCUGCGGCCCCUCUUCCCCUAAAAGACUUUGUAUCCGCCCCUCCUCGGAGCCUGUGGAUGCGGUGGUGGUGGUUUCCGUGAAACACGACCCCCUGCCUCUUCUUCCAGAAGCCAAUGGGCACAGAAGCACCAAUUCUCCCACAGUAGUUUCACCUGCUAUUGUUUCCCCCACCCAGGACAGUCGGCCCAAUAUGUCAAGACCUCUGAUCACUAGAUCUCCUGCAUCUCCACUGAACAACCAAGGCAUUCCUACUCCAGCACAACUCACAAAAUCCAACGCACCCGUCCACAUCGACGUGGGCGGCCACAUGUACACCAGCAGCCUGGCCACCCUCACCAAAUACCCCGAAUCAAGAAUCGGAAGACUUUUUGAUGGUACAGAGCCCAUUGUUUUGGACAGUCUCAAACAGCACUAUUUCAUUGACAGAGAUGGACAGAUGUUCAGAUAUAUCUUGAAUUUUCUACGAACAUCAAAACUCCUCAUUCCUGAUGAUUUCAAGGACUACACUUUGUUAUAUGAAGAGGCAAAAUAUUUUCAGCUUCAGCCCAUGUUGUUGGAGAUGGAAAGAUGGAAACAGGACAGAGAAACCGGUCGCUUUUCUAGGCCCUGUGAGUGCCUCGUGGUACGUGUUGCCCCAGACCUCGGAGAAAGGAUCACGCUCAGCGGUGACAAAUCCUUGAUAGAAGAAGUGUUUCCAGAGAUCGGCGACGUGAUGUGUAACUCUGUCAAUGCAGGCUGGAAUCACGACUCAACACACGUCAUCAGAUUUCCACUGAAUGGCUACUGUCACCUCAACUCAGUCCAGGUCCUUGAGAGGUUGCAGCAAAGAGGAUUUGAAAUCGUGGGCUCCUGUGGGGGAGGAGUGGACUCAUCUCAGUUCAGCGAAUACGUCCUGCGGCGGGAACUGAGGCGGACGCCCCGUGGACCCUCUGUCAUCCGGAUAAAGCAAGAGCCUCUGGACUAAGUGGACAUAUUUCUUAUGCAAAAAGGAGAAAACAUACACAACAAAUAAUGCAAACAAGAAAGGGACAUUUAUGUGCAGUUGGGACAGCAAACCAAGUCCUGGACCUAAAAUUGAAUAAAAGACACAUUUAUAUCCAAUAGAGACCACACCUGUAUUCAUAUGGGAACAAUUGGAAUAGUGAUAUCCUCAAGGUGUAAAAAAUAUAUAAAUAUAUAUAUAUAUGUCAAAAGGUAGGAAAUGCAAAAAAAGAAAAAAAGGUGGUAGCUACAGUUGGUGCUGUGAUGGCCGUGAAGUGUCCUGGGCCUCCCAAGGCCUCUGACCAAUAAACAAGCCACGAGUGAGGACGCAUCUCCUUACAGUUUCCAUUGCCAACAGCCAUCCAUUCUUUCUUUUUCCUUUGUCCUUCUUUUUCCUUUUUAAAAAAAACAAGAACACUUAGAAUCGCCAUUUCUUUGCAUAUGGAAGUUUCAUGUCUCUCUUUAGACGGGGGACUGGGCAGGACUUCAAAAACAACUCUCACGAGCACACUGCAUUCGAAAGACGUUAGACAUGAAAUUUUAAAUGUAGUUUGUACAGAAGUCACACUUUUUUGUCCGCCUCACAGAUGUGAACAUGACUUUGUUUUUAAACCGAUCAGUUUUGCAAAGGGGCCAGAAUUAUUACUUGUUAGAGUUGCUCCAGUUUGAGUCUGCUGCUUUCCUACAAUUUUUCAAAUUUUAUAAUGUAUUAAAUACAAUAAACUCUGUUUAAAAAAUAAGGUCUGUGUGAAACACACGUGUUGGGGCGAGGCGGUAUUAAAACGAAAU